AUGGCUCCUGUUUUGGAUUUUGAUAAAAGCGCAGGGAAAAAGAAGUCCAAUUUCUUGGUAAUGACACAUAGUGAAAAGGAGCUAGACGAAGCUUUCAAAGAAACUAAAUGUUUCUUCCCUGUGGUAGUUAAAGGGUUAAUGAGUGUGGUGAAUGAGGAAGCAACAACUCCAGAAGAAGUGUUAGAGAUUCUAGAAGAUUUCAAGGAGUUGACUGCAGAUGAAUUGCCAAAUGACCUGCCUCCUAUGCGAGAUAUUCAACAUCAUAUUGACUUGAUUCCAGGUUCUAGCUUACCAAACCUUCCCACUAUCGUAUGA